GAGGCGUGGUAGGAAGUGGUAGCCGUCAAUCACAAGGGAGACUCCAAACAGUGAGCCUUGAGCUGGGAGAACAGCGUUUACCGGCGGGGCGGCGGGUUUAGCAAAUGAAGCUAUGGCUACAGAUUCUCCCAGAAGACCCAGUCGUUGUACUGGUGGAGUUGUGGUUCGCCCCCAGGCUGUCACGGAGCAGUCCUACAUGGAAAGUGUUGUGACUUUUCUACAGGAUGUCGUGCCACAGGCUUACAGUGGAACACCUCUAACAGAAGAAAAGGAGAAAAUAGUCUGGGUCAGAUUUGAAAAUGCAGAUUUAAAUGAUACAUCAAGAAAUCUGGAAUUUCAUGAAAUACACAGCACUGGGAAUGAGCCACCUCUGCUGAUUAUGAUCGGCUACAGUGAUGGAAUGCAGGUCUGGAGCAUUCCGAUCAGUGGGGAAGCACAGGAGCUCUUUUCUGUCCGACAUGGCCCCAUUCGAGCGGCUAGAAUCUUGCCUGCUCCACAGUUUGGUACUCAAAAGUGUGAUAACUUUGCUGAAAAAAGGCCUCUCCUUGGUGUUUGUAAGAGCACUGGAUCUUCUGGCACAAGUCCACCUUACUGUUGUGUAGAUCUCUAUUCACUUCGUACUGGGGAGAUGGUCAAGUCUAUUCAGUUUAAAACACCUAUCUAUGAUCUCCAUUGCAACAAACGGAUCCUCGUUGUAGUCUUGCAGGAGAAAAUUGCUGCCUUUGAUAGCUGUACUUUCACAAAAAAAUUUUUUGUCACAAGCUGCUAUCCUUGUCCAGGGCCCAACAUGAAUCCUAUUGCUCUUGGGAGCCGAUGGCUUGCUUAUGCAGAAAACAAGCUGAUCCGAUGUCAUCAGUCCCGUGGUGGAGCCUGUGGAGACAACAUUCAGUCUUACACUGCCACCGUCAUUAGUGCUGCUAAAACAUUGAAAACUGGCUUGACAAUGGUUGGGAAAGUGGUGACUCAGCUGACAGGCACACUGCCUUCAGGUGUGACCGAAGACGAUGUUGCCCUCCAUAGUAAUUCCAGGCGGAGUCCUUUGGUUCCAGGCAUCAUCACAGUAAUUGACACUGAAACAGUUGGAGAGGGCCAGGUGCUUGUGAGCGAGGAUUCUGACAGUGAUGGUAUUGUGGCCCACUUUCCUGCUCAUGAAAAACCAGUGUGCUGUAUGGCGUUUAAUACAAGUGGAAUGCUUCUAGUCACAACAGACACCCUUGGCCAUGACUUUCAUGUCUUCCAGAUUCUGACUCAUCCUUGGUCUUCAUCACAAAGUGCUGUCCAUCAUCUAUAUACUCUUCACAGGGGAGAAACUGAAGCCAAAGUACAAGACAUCUGCUUCAGCCAUGACUGUCGCUGGGUUGUGGUUAGUACUCUCCGGGGUACUUCCCAUGUUUUCCCCAUCAACCCUUACGGUGGCCAGCCUUGUGUUCGAACACAUAUGUCCCCACGAGUUGUGAAUCGUAUGAGCCGUUUCCAGAAAAGUGCUGGGCUGGAAGAAAUUGAACAAGAACUGACGUCUAAGCAAGGAGGUCGCUGUAGCCCUGUUCCAGGUCUAUCAAGUAGCCCUUCUGGAUCACCUCUGCAUGGGAAACUAAACAGCCAAGACUCCUAUAAUAAUUUUGCCAACAACAACCCUGGCAACCCCCGGCUCUCUCCUCUCCCCAGCUUGAUGGUACUGAUGCCUCUUGCGCAAAUCAAGCAGCCAAUGACAUUGGGGACCAUCACCAAACGAACAGGGCCUUAUCUGUUUGGAGCGGGGUGUUUUUCCAUAAAAGCUCCAUGCAAAGUUAAACCACCUCCACAAAUUUCACCCAGCAAAUCGAUGGGCGGAGAAUUUUGUGUGGCUGCAGUGUUCGGGACAUCCAGAUCGUGGUUUGCAAAUAAUGCAGGUCUGAAAAGAGAAAAAGAUCAGUCCAAACAAGUUGUAGUUGAGUCUCUCUACAUUAUCAGUUGCUAUGGGACCUUAGUGGAGCACAUGAUGGAGCCACGGCCGCUCAGCACUGCCCCCAAGAUUAGUGAUGACACCCCACUGGAAGUGAUGACCUCACCUCGAGCCAGCUGGACUCUGGUUAGAACUCCUCAAUGGAAUGAAUUGCAACCACCAUUUAAUGCAAACCACCCUCUGCUCCUCGCUGCAGAUGCAGUCCAGUAUUAUCAGUUCCUGCUUGCUGGCCUGGCUCCCCCUGGAAGUCCGGGGCCCAUUACUCGGCAUGGGUCCUAUGACAGUUUAGCUUCUGACCACAGUGGACAGGAAGAUGAAGAAUGGCUUUCUCAGGUAGAAAUUGUAACACACACUGGACCCCACAGACGUCUGUGGAUGGGUCCCCAGUUCCAGUUCAAAACCAUCCAUCCCUCAGGCCAAACCACAGUCAUAUCAUCCAGUUCAUCUGUGUUGCAGUCUCACGGUCCAAGUGAUACUCCACAGCCCCUUUUGGAUUUUGAUACAGAUGAUCUUGAUCUCAACAGUCUCAGGAUCCAGCCGGUCCGCUCUGACCCAGUCAGCAUGCCAGGGUCAUCCCGUCCAGUUUCUGAUCGAAGGGGAAUUUCCACCGUGAUUGAUGCUGCCUCAGAGAUUUUUCUGAAGUGCUGGGGGAAGAAUAUCCCUAAGGAUUAUAUUUCACUGUAUCUACAGUUGUCAUUCCAAUCUGAGGCAGAAAGACUUAGUCACUGUCUUACAGCCAUCAGAGACAGAAGAGAUGCUGGUGGUACCUUUGACCGGAGCGUGACCCUGCUGGAGGUGUGUGGGAGCUGGCCCGAGGGCUUUGGGCUGCGGCACAUGUCCUCCAUGGAGCACACAGAGGAAGGCCUGCGGGAGCGGCUCGCGGAUGCCAUGGCCGAGUCGCCGAGCCGGGACGUGGUGGGAUCCGGAACAGGGAAAAAAAAAGGAAAAAAAAAACAAUGCCAACAGCCCAGCGUCCGUGAGCAACCCAACAGUAACAAAGCAGGUGUUCGGGAUGGAGGAAGAACUACAGCGAGAGGGAAGCAUCGAGACACUGAGUAACAGCUCAGGUUCUACCAGCGGCAGCAUCCCAAGAAACUUCGAUGGCUACCGAUCUCCACUGCCCACCAAUGAGAGUCAGCCCCUCAGCCUCUUCCCUACUGGCUUCCCGUAGUACCAGCAACCUGCUUCUGACUGGCCCGCCCACUCACCUGCUGGAAGGAGGGGGAGAAGCCCCCCUCUUGGUCCUACCCUUCAGUCUCUGCUUCUCUUUCACCAACCACCUUCCCCAAGCUUAGUGACAACAGCCACCUACCCUCCCCGGAUGGAGAAGAGCCCCUUCUCCCAAGCACCUUGGCGCAUUCUGACCUCUGUCCCCCAUCAGCGGGGCCCUGGCUGAAGGAGACUGCAGAAGCUCUGUCCCCUCCUCCGUUUGCACAUGAUGUCCUGCAUUGGAUCCACUUUUGUGUUUUCUAACCAUACCCACGGGGGGCCUGGAAGGGGAGAGCGCGGAUGGCCUGGCUGGGCAUUUUGACCCUGAGCGGACAGCCCCAGCCCACUCCUGGCUAUGAGAUGCACUGCCCAGUUUCCCUUGGCCAACCUCACUCUGGCAUGAGGUAAACUGAGGCCCAGAGUAUUAGGGAAGGAGGGAGGAAGGAAGGAGAAGCCCCCCUUCCUCUUUUCUUUCCCCUUUGGCUCAUGGGAAGGAUUUGUCGUUCUUGUCUGUAAGCCCUUUUACCCUGGUCCUGUACUGUCCAGUGAAGGAAACCGUGGUUACUAAGGCCCUGUCAAAAAGUGCAUGUCUUGUCCAAUAAAUCACGCUAUAAUUGGUGUCCA